CCUUUUCUAAAUUUCGGUUUUUUUUUUCGAGGGUUUUUUUUUUGUUGUUGUUUGAGGGGUUUUUGUUUGGUUUCCUAGAAAACUGUAGGAAAAGGAGAGAAAGUUGGGAAUCUUGCGACAUCCUAAAUUGUUCUAAUACAGUUUUUAACAGGGACUAAACGUACCCAUGUGAACUCUUUUUGUCUGUUAAUCUCCGUUAAUGGGUUGUUUUCAUCUUGCUUUUUUUUCCCACUUUUUUUUUUGGUUGAUUAAGAGUUUGGAAAACAAAGAGAGAGUAAGCUUUUUCUUAGCAACUCUGUUUUCUUGGGAUUUGAAAUGUGAAAGAAUUUUUUUUUUUGAUUCUAUGAAAUUUGGGUUUUCUUCUGCUUCAGCUAAACUUAUUAUGUUUUUCAAUAAUUGCUUCCAUGGGAUUGGAUUAUCAAAAGCAUUUACAUUAUUCAUAGUGAUGGAGUCUUGGAGCUAUGGGUCUGAAGGGAAAGGCCUUCUGUUUACCGAUGAAAUGGAUUUGGAUGCUUUUUCUAGAAGUAGGAAAGCAAUGCUAAGUUGGGACCUCAAGCCUUCCACUGAUCUUGAAGGUGUUGAGAGCAUGGAAUUCAUGGAUUUUGGUAUUGCUGCUGAUAUGAACAAAAAACCCUUUUAUGGUAACACCAGUAUGGGGAUUUUUGGAGCUGAGUUUGGUAAUGAUUCUACUAAAGGUCUAGUUUCUCCUACUUGUAUGAUUUCCUCUACUUCAUAUUUUGGUGAAGAAGAAUCUGGUUCCAAGCAUUGCAGUUCUUUGAUGGACUCUAACAGUCAGGAAUCUUCACUCAUUGAUUUGAAGCUUGGGAGAUUGACUGACUAUAAAGAUGCACACCAUGGCAAAUUCUUGAAGGAAACCUCUGUUGUUUCCCCUGUUCGACCGGCUUUUGUGCCGAAGAAAGCUCGAACCACAAGCUCACAUUCUCAAAUUCCUUGCUGUCAAGUUUAUGGUUGCAACAAGGACCUUAGCUCUUCAAAAGAUUACCACAAGAGGCACAAAGUUUGUGAGGCUCACUCUAAGACUGCCAAAGUAAUUGUCAAUGGAAUUGAACAGCGGUUUUGUCAGCAGUGCAGCAGGUUUCAUUUACUAGCUGAAUUUGAUGAGGGUAAGCGCAGUUGUCGUAAACGCCUAGCAGGGCAUAAUGAGCGCAGAAGGAAGAUUCAUUUCAAUACCUUUUCCGGAAAAUCACAUAAGUUGCUUCAUUCAUAUCAAGGUACCAAGUUUCUGGGAACCUCCAUACCGAAACAAACGCCUUUUGUUGUCCCUAACAUAUUUCAAGUUGACUUUCUUCAUCCAGAAAGACAUGCAUACAGUAAUCAAUAUCAGCAGGUUAAAUCUGAAGAGAAACCAAUGUAUAGUUCUCAAUCAGCAACGCCAAUCACAAACGGGCAGUCGUCUUUCUUUCAUAUGCAUGGCAUUGGGAAGCAACAUCUUUCUGGAACAUUAUCAUCAGCAACUGAAGCCUUCGAUGCUUCUAGUGCAGCACCAACAGUUAAAGAGUUAUCUGGGGUUUCACGCUCAGACUGUGCUCUCUCUCUUCUGUCAGCUCAAUCCUUGGAUUUGUCAAGCCAUGUGACAGGUAUUCAAAUGACUAGGCCCUUGAUCAAUCAAGCUGGCCAUGCCAAUCGUAACACUGAGAAAUCUGCAGCGAUGAGUUACUCGGAAAAAGGCAGCAGUUUCUAUUCAUGUGGGAUGAACCCUACCGGAGUAAGCCAAGAAGGGUCAGUCGUGGUCUCCGAUGCUGGUCAUACUGCUAAUUUUGAAGGUAAAGUCCAAGACUUGGAUCUUUUGAGUGCAAGGUAUUGUCUUUCUCCUGAAAAUGGGACCACUGUUGAUUUGCUUCAACUUUCAACACACCUCCAAAGAGUGGAGCAACAGAGGAACUCCAUGCAAGUAAAGCAGGAAAAUGAGGAUCUGUUUUAUUUCCUUUCCACUUAAUUGGUACAAGAGGGAGAAAGGCUUUCAGGGAGAGUUGCAAAACUGCUGCAUUAAACGCUUUUUUUUAUAACCUCAUUGGUGCGUUUUCACAAUACGCUGUUAGGAGACUUGAUACCAUUGGUAGUACAUCUUAUUUUCCGGUCAGUACAUAACAAAGCGAAUUCUGGAACUGUACAUUGGUGCAAUUUCAGUAGGAUUUGUUCCUUUACUAGAACUCUUGUUUUCUGCUGAUAUUAUGUAGUUAAGGUGGUUUAAUUAUUAUGUUAAUAUAUGAUGAUAUAAUCCGAGACAUUGUAGGAAACACUUUUAGCUUGGUAUAUGAUCCCUCAUCACUUUGGUUGCAAUGAAGGGGCAAUGUUCAAAGGGACAAACUAAGAGUCAAGUUGGAAUAAAGAUCACCCUGUAAAAAGAAUUUUAGAAUCUGAAUCAUUUUGCACUGACAGCUUAUAUUAUAUUAUAAUAUAUGUAUAUGAUAUGCUUAAAAACUUUUUAGUGGUUGAUGUUAAUUGGAAGAAGAUAUCUAGUCAGUGUGCUGCAUGCAUAUCUUUGUUAAAA